UUCUUUUCGUAUGUCAUUGAUUCUGUGGUCGAACUAACCAGAGUUUUGUAAUGCAGUGAUUAAGAAUUUUAUCAUUUAUCGUAUUGAAUAGGGGCAUUAAAGGUUAAAAAAUGAUAAACUACGAGCUUCUGCUAUUGUUGCGUGUUCUACCCAAGCCCGAAUUAAAAACAGUUCUUCGAAGAGCGGCAGACUGUAUAUUUAACAAAGGUGGUAUUAUACGCAAACUAGAAAAUUUGGGUACGCGAGAUAUGCCCUAUAAAACCAGUGUCCACGGUGUCGUAUAUAACAAGGCAAGCUACUUUUUAUUUUUAUUUAAUGUUCCGCCCAGCACUGUGGAAGACUUGUUAGAUGAAUAUAGUAGAGAUGUAGAUAUUAUUCGACGAAGGAUUUAUAAGAAGAAAGAGUUUGAACCCAUUGAAUGCACAUUGGACGAUGAAAAUAAACCACCACCCUACAGGGAGGAGGUACAAGAAUUGAUGAGACAGGCGAAAAAAUUAGAAAAACCCAAAUUUCAGUUUAAUACUGGUCUUGAUUAUUAUCCCUUCCAGAAGUAGUUAGUUUGUAACCAUAAUAAAUAAAAGUCGUAU